GGCAACACAGAGCAAUUCUCGCUGCUGUGGGAAACACAGAGUCAGGGUGAUAGGGAUCGCUGUUUCUUUAUGUGUUAUUAUUCUAAUUAUAAGCCUUAUUGCUGCAUACACUCUCAAGCAGAAGCAGGAGGAUACGCACAUGUGGAAAGGACAAGGGACUACUAAAAAUCUGAAGGACAUUGUUCUUGGGAGAUGCUAUAACUACAUAACAAUGAACCCAAACAUAUGGCUCAGGAAUUGCGAUGCAAUCUGGGAACGCCUGACAGACGCCGUAUACAAGAAGAACCCAUGCAACAUCACAGAGGAGGAUUUCAAGCCCCUAGCAGCUUUGGCUUCACAAACUAUUCCCUGUAACAAGUCGCUCCUGUGGAGUAAAACAAAUUCCCUCGUGCACCGAUACACGAAGGCAUCACAAGACUUUUUGACACUAGAGGACACGUUUUUGGGCUCCAUGUUUGAUGGCCUGAUGUUCUGUGGGAAGUCCUACAGCUCAGAAAUGAACUAUGACUCCUGCCCAGCCUGGGAUGAAUGUGACCAUAAUGCUAUUUCUGCUUUUUGGAAGACAGCAUCUGCUACAUUUGCCAAAGCAUCAUGUGGAGUAGUUAAUGUAAUGCUCAACGGAUCAGCAGAUGGAGGUGUUGCCAGGAAAGAAAGCAUCCUUCGAACAGUUGAAGUCCCAAGUAUGAACGUAAAUGCUGUAUCUGAAGUCCGAUUAUGGAUCAUGGAUAACCUGGAGGGGCCGGACAAGAACUCAUGUAAUACCGAAUCAGUACUGGAACUGAAAGCUUACAUUGAGCAGCACAAUCUGGCUUUCUCCUGCGUAGACAACUAUAAGCCGGUGCAGCUGCUGCAAUGCAUAGAGACCCCAGAUCUCCCUGCAUGUAAUAUCUGCAAACCAUAGAGGGACGUCCCCAGUCUGCCCACCCACUACCCACACCGUGUGUCACAGAACUUCUCAAAAACAACUACUUUUUUUUAACUUGGAUAAUCAUGUUAUAGUAAGAUCAUGUUCAAACGUCAUUAAUAAAAGUUUAUUUUUUUCAGUAA